AUGGCGGGAAAGCCGCUUGCCGCUGUCGUGGCAAAGGCAACGAGCAGAAGUGGUGCGGGGGCGAUCGAGCGCUUGAAUUGCAUCUUCUAUGGGUGGGUCAUCGUGGGCGUGUGCAUCCUUUGCAAAAUCUUCAAAGUGCAGGGCCAGAACAAUGUGAUGUCCUACACGGUGCCCCAUCUACUCCAGGAGUUUCGUUUGUCACAUGCCGAACUUGGCGGUCUUUUUUCGGUGGCCACAAUCCUUGCGGGCUUUGUGCAGCCAUUGUUGGGUCGAGCGAUUGACCACUUCGGAGCAAGGAUUUGCAUCCCCGUCAUGCAGGUUUCUUUUUGUGGCGCACUCCUAGUUUUCGCUUCAUGGACAUGCCCGACGCAAAGGUUGGCACUGUACUUCGAGGUGGUGCUUAUCUUCUUUUUCUUGCGCACGCUUUCGCUUGGCGCGGCUGAAACGUUCCCAAAUGCAUGCGUGCAGCAAUGGUUUCAGCGGCGACGUGGCCGGGCAGUAGCUGUUGUAUUCACAUUCCAGUGGUUGGGGAACGCGUUUGUUGGACCAUGUGUUUCGGGCAUUGUUGCACGUCAUGGCUGGCAAACAGCUGCUCUCGCCGGCUCCUUUGCCAACCUGCUGCUCGCGCCCAUCUCCGCAACGCUGCUACGACGAAGUCCCGAGGUCUGUGGCUUGUUGCCAGAUGGCUGGACAGCCGUAUCGGUCGAGGAGCCCGAUGCUUCCAGCAUGAAAGGUGCCAGCGAGGCACUCCCUGCCGAAGCUCCAGAGCUUCGCGACUUGUGGCCACUGUUUGCGUUCACAUUUUUCUACGCUGUCAUGUUUGGUGGCAGCGAUUUCUACAUGGUGGAGAUGGUAGCCGAGGCCUGGAAUGGCGAUCUGGACGUGUCCAUUUUAAUCUUUGGUCCCAUGGCACUUACUGCAGCACUUUCUACUCCACUUGUCGGUGAGCUCAUGGACGCACGGAGCAGCAGCCAAAAGCGGGUUCCGAUAGUUCUGUUAUCCGUGGCUGGCUUCGUUACUGCGAUUGCCACAACGUGGCUUACGUGCAUCAGCAGCAGGGCGUCCGCCGUUCUGUACGGUGUUAUUCGCGGUUCAACCACAGGUGUGUUCCAGAGCCUUCUCAGUGCCGGACUUGCCUUCACCGCACUGGGCGUGCGACGUGAAGAGAUUGGCCGAGUGCUUGGCUUCAAUCAGCUGUCCACGUUGGUUGGUACUGGUGUCGGUCCCUUCUGGUAUGGCACGUUUCGAGAUGUAUUCGGUGCGUUUCACCUGGGCUUGCUGCUGUCAGCCCUGCCGCCUCUCAUGUUAGGCUUCUUUUUUGCCGCGAAGGCGUUGGCAUCAGAACAUGGGCUUCCAGCGAAAGGAAUGCACGCGCAUGGCUGGCAAUCUCCAGAGGCAACCUCGCCCAACUCCAAAGAGCAUGUCGUGCUGGGAGUGGUCACCGAAGAGGAAGCUCGAGCUCACUGA